UAGAGCACGAACUACAAGAACUUCUAGCAAUGAUCUUGCAAAAGAAGACCCGAAAACUAUUUGCUGCAGCUACGUCGCAGGGUCAGCCAAGGCACAUGAGAGGUUGCUACAGUCUGGUGGGCAGGUAGUUUGCAGUAUAUUGGACGGGGUGAGUACGGACGCAAAAAUUUGGGAGGAAGUAUUGGAAAUUUUGGACAGGGAAGAGCCAGCACAUGAAGCGCAAGCUUCAGGGUCCUCCAGAACUACGUCUAGGGCAUGUGCUGAGGAAUGCAAUUCCGCAACCUGCUCUAAAAAUAGCAAGGCUGCUAGGUCUACUUUUUCUCCAGCAAGUACGAGGAACAGGGUCACUUUCUCCUCACCUUCUUCAACAACGGGCAGAACAUUGGCCACUCAAGCUCUCCCCUCUCCCUCGACGAACAAAGUUAGGGCAUCAAUUUUGUCGAAGUCGAUGCUCUCAGCCACAACGCCAAACGCUCUACGCGUGAUACUUUCCGAAAGCCUAGCGGCCG